AUGAUGGUGAGGAUGAUGUUGGCAGCGCGAGCAAAAUAGCGAUCGCUGGACGCGCGCUGCACAUCUCCGGUCCACGCGACGCGUCUUUUCGCACCGACUCUGAGUGACGUCAAGGUUCACAUCUGGGCAGACGAAGUAUUUCCAGUGUGAAACAGAGAAGAGUCUUUUGGCUGCAGGAAUUAAAGAAAGAAAAGAAAAGAAAGAAAAGACUGCUUGAAGGCUGAUUGCGCGCGGCUCGACGCCGUGGUUCCUAAGAUGUGGUAUGAGUGUCAGAGGAGAACUCCAUGGCUCUGAGGUGUGUCAGACUGAGCCCUAGUAGCCAUUCGGAGCAGAGGUCAAUGGGGUCAAGGGGGGUCAUGUGGGCAACACACCUACUCUUCCUCUUCGCCUUCUUCACACCUGCUACUUUGGUGUUGAGUCGUGCGCCUGUGCCUAUGGCUGUGGUUCGCCGUGAGCUCUCGUGUGAGGGUUACCCCAUUGAGCUGCGUUGCCCGGGCACUGAUGUCAUCAUGAUCGAAAGCGCCAACUAUGGACGCACAGAUGACAAGAUUUGUGACUCUGACCCUGCCCAGAUGGAGAACACACGCUGCUACCUGCCUGAUGCCUAUAAGAUAAUGGGCUUUAGGUGUAAUAACAGGACCCAGUGCGCAGUGGUUGCUGGCCCAGAUGUUUUUCCCGAUCCAUGUCCUGGAACAUACAAAUACCUGGAGGUUCAGUAUGAGUGUGUGCCAUACAAAGUGGAGCAGAGAGUCUUCCUGUGUCCAGGCAUACUGAAGGGCGUGUACCAGAGCGAGCACCUUUUUGAAUCGGAUCACCAAUCAGGCUCGUGGUGCAAAGACCCACUGCAGUCGUCCAAUAAGAUUUACUACAUGCCAUGGACGCCAUAUCGCACUGAUACUCUCACUGAAUAUUCAUCCAAAGAGGAUUUUAUUGCAGGACGUCCCACCACGACCUACAAACUUCCACAUCGGGUUGACGGCACUGGCUUUGUUGUGUACGAUGGGGCAUUGUUCUUUAACAAGGAACGCACGCGCAACAUUGUCAAGUUUGACAUGCGCACUCGAAUCAAAAGUGGCGAGGCAAUUAUCGCCAAUGCCAAUUAUCACGACACGUCUCCAUAUCGCUGGGGUGGGAAGUCCGACAUCGACCUGGCUGCCGACGAAAAUGGCCUGUGGGUGAUCUACGCCACAGAACAGAACAACGGGAAAAUCGUUAUAAGCCAGCUCAAUCCGUACACACUCCGGAUCGAAGGGUCGUGGGAUACAACGUACGACAAGCGUUCUGCCUCCAAUGCCUUCAUGAUCUGCGGAGUCUUGUAUGUGGUUAAGAGUGUGUACGAAGAUGACGAUAACGAAGCAUCAGGGAAUAAAAUUGACUACAUGUACAGCACAGAGAAGAAUCGCGGGACGAACAUAAACAUCCCGUUCCCGAAUUCAUACCAAUACAUUGCAGCAGUGGACUACAACCCAAGAGACAAUCUACUGUACGUAUGGAACAAUUACCAUGUCGUUCGAUACUCGCUGGAUUUUGGCAACAGCGACAAUCGGCUAAAUUUCGAUUCUCCUUCCUCAGUCUUGCUUCCAGAUCAGCUCCCACCUGCUCGGAGCGCCACCAAUCGUCCACACCCUUACACAGGAACGCUCCGCCCCCUCAUGACUACGACCACAACUACAACUAUGGCACCACCCCGUCGCCGUGACAAUAACAACUUCCUUCCUGAGGUUCUGACUCCUCCUCCCUCGUGGGCGCGGACGCCACCUGUAAUCGACUACUGCUCCACGCGUGUGGCAGCUGAGCUCUCGUGGCCCCAGACUCACCGGGGGCAUGUCGCCAAGCAACCAUGCCCUCCUGGGACCAUUGGUGUGGCGACAUACAGCUGUGUGAUGGGCUACUGGGACCGAAAGGGGCCAGACAUGAGCAACUGCACCUCACCAUGGACCAAUCACUUAACUCAGAGAAUGAGGUCAGGAGAGACAGCCGCCAUCAUAGCGCGUGAGUUAGCUGAGCAGACGAAGACGGCAUUGCUGCAUCCAGGAGACAUCCCGUCCACAGUCAGAGCCAUGGCCCAGCUGGUGGAGCUGUUAGACGUGCAGCUGAGGAACCUCACUCCUGGUGGGAAAGACACAGCGGCACGCAGUCUUAACAAGCUCCAAAAGAGAGAGCGCUCGUGCCGAUUCUUCAUUCAGGCGAUGGUGGAGGCGGUGAAUAACCUACUGCGUGGGCGCGCUCAGCCUGCAUGGAAGGCGCUGUCAGUGAUCGAUCAGCUGCGCUGUGCCACCAUGCUGCUGGACACAGUGGAGACGGCUGCCUUCAUGCUCGCUGACAACCUGCUCAAGACCGACACCAUCCAGGAGAACACUGACAACAUUCAGCUGGAGGUGGCACGGCUCAGUACUGACAUGAUGCAGACAGAUCUGAAGUUCCCUCAAUCAGAAGCUUCGGGAAACUUCAUUCAAAUUCCAGUAAAAACUCUGAAACAACAAGGACGCAACGGUGAGAUCCGUAUGGCUCUGGUUCUAUACAGGAAUCUGGGUCAGUAUCUGUCCACAGAGAAUGCAAGUGUGCGGCUGGGAAGUGAAGCUGCUUAUCCCAACUACUCACUCAUUGUCAACUCGCCUGUGAUAACAGCAGCCAUAAACAAGGACAGCAACAAAAUCUACUUGUCUGAACCUGUUCGCUUCGUUGUCAGCCACUUGCAGAAGUCAGAGUCGAACUUCAACCCGAACUGCUCAUUCUGGAGCUACUCCAAACGCACCAUGACAGGCUACUGGUCUACACAAGACUGCAGGCUGGGUGACACAAACAGCACACACACCUCCUGCUCCUGCACACAUCUCACGAACUUUGCUGUUCUCAUGGCUCAUGUGGAGGUCAAGCAGGCAGAUCAGAUGCAAACAACCUUGUUGGAUAUGAUCACGUGGGUGGGGAUUCUACUCUCACUCGUCUGUCUGCUCAUCUGCAUCUUCACCUUCUGCUUCUUCCGUGGCCUGCAGAGCGACCGUAACACCAUCCACAAGAACCUGUGCAUUUCACUAUUCAUCGCAGAAAUGCUAUUCCUCGUCGGCAUCUACCGUUCAGACCAGCCUAUCGCAUGUGCAGUGUUCGCUGCUCUGCUUCACUUCUUCUUCCUGGCUGCAUUCACAUGGAUGUUUCUGGAAGGCGUGCAGCUCUACAUCAUGCUGGUGGAAGUGUUCGAGAGCGAGUAUUCUCGCACCAAGUAUUUCUACCUCACCGGCUACGGUGUACCUGCGCUCAUCGUGGCCGUGUCGGCUGCCGUUGACUAUCGCAGCUACGGCACAAACCAUGUGUGCUGGCUGCGGUUAGACACCUACUUCAUCUGGAGUUUCAUUGGCCCUGCAACGCUCAUUAUAAUGUUGAAUGUGAUCUUCUUAGGCAUUGCACUUUACAAGAUGUUCCACCACACUGCUAUUCUGAAACCUGACUCUGGUUGCCUGGACAACAUCAAAUCAUGGGUCAUUGGCGCUAUUGCUCUGCUGUGUCUGCUCGGUCUGACGUGGGCUUUUGGUCUCAUGUACAUUAAUGAGAAUACAGUGAUCAUGGCUUACCUCUUCACCAUCUUUAACUCCCUGCAAGGGAUGUUCAUCUUUAUUUUCCACUGCAUUCUGCAGAAGAAGGUGCGGAAGGAGUACGGCAGGUGCCUUCGUACACACUGCUGCAGUGGGAAGAGUGUGGAGUCAACCAUUUCAACCUCCACUAAGACCAGCACAGCGCGGACACCUGGACGCUACUCUACAAACUCUCAGAGUCGUAUUCGGCGGAUGUGGAACGACACAGUGAGGAAGCAGUCUGAGUCGGCGUUCAUAACAGGAGAUAUCAACAGCUCAGCUACUCUGAACAGAGGUACCAUGGCUAACCAUCUCAUCUCUAACGCCUUGUUGCGUCCUCAUGGCACUAACCCUUAUAACACAUUGCUGGGAGAAUCUGCAGUGUACAAUAACCCCUCUGCAAACAUGUUCAACACACAAGCCUCCUACAGAGAUUCAAAGGGCAUGUUGAACAACGCGCGAGAUGCCAGUGUCAUGGAUACGCUCCCGCUCAACGGCAACCAUGGCAACACCUACAGUGACUACCUCACAUAUGGCUCAUCCUCACCAACUACACUGGAGAAGAAGAUCCUGAAGGAGCUGACAGCCAACUACGCGUCCACCUACCACCCCAGCACGAAGCUUGCCAACCACGUCGCCAAUGGAGCCGUUCCCAGCCCAGCGAGUACAGCAGGCAUCACCCGUGAUGAUGAGAAUGCUGCUGCUGUUGCCCUGGGAAUCUCCAGAGAGGAUGAAAACAAUGCACGUACCGCCCUCAGCUUGGAGAUCAUCAGGGAGGAGUCUCAGGCACCUCUCCUCCCACCAAGACCUCCGCCUCCAGACGGCCCUCCCCCAUUACACACGUUCUCCACCCACCGGCGCCUUCCACAGGAGAAUAACGAGAGUUUUUUCCCUCUUCUGAAGAAUGAGACACACUCACCUCACGUGCUCAGAGACUCAUUAUACACCAGCAUGCCGACUCUAACCGACCACCCACAUGGUACCAACGACAUCAACGGCAUCCGUGAUGAGGAUGAAGAUGAGGAGGAAGAAGAGGAGGAAGAGGAAGAUGAGGAAGAUGAUGAGGAGGAGGAGGAAGAGGAGGAGGAAGGGUGCGAGCUGCAUUUGGCCAAUGGGAAAGGAGUGAUGGCAGAUGCAGAUGAUGUUUACUACAAGAGCAUGCCUAAUCUGGGCUCGCGCAAUCACAUACAGGAACUGCAGAGCUACUACCACAUGGGUCGUGGAGGAAGUGAUGGAUUCAUUGCGCCGCCUGAAAAGGACGAGUCGUCUCCCGAAGAGCAGCCGGACGACCCCUCGCACUUGGUCACAAGCUUAUAGGCGCAUACACACACACAUCUUGUGAGUGUGUGUUUGUGUGAGAUGCAAUGCACAAGGCACGGGAACCACUACCUACUGCACUGAUUGAUCCCUAGAGAAACUGAUAGCAGAUAGCUGCCCAAAAACCAAUGACAGGAACCCUCAGUCAGUUAACGCUAGGAAAAAGGACCAGGUAGGGUAGCUUUCAGUUAGGACUAGUACCAACAAAUCCAAAAUAUUCAGCGUGGUUUAUCAGAUGUAUCAGGUGUACAAAACACAGGCUCUUUUUUUUUUUUGUGAAACCAUUAGCCAUUUUGAAUAGCAGACCGGGAAGGAACGCACUGAUUGACACAGCGUCCAUCAGAAGCCACGUAUUCCAGUGAGACAAGUUAUCUAUUAUGCUGUCACUUCUCCCCUCUACACAACUUUUGCCCAACUGCUAUCUGGCCAUAAAUCCUCUGGAUUGUCCCUGUGUGAAUAAAACGAUAGCGACAAACUAGUUGCCAUUUUAGAUGAUUAUCCAUGUUGAUAGACACCGACUUGGACCUUGAACUCAUUACGAACUAUAAUCCUCUACCCACAAUUCCUCGAAACUUCGGGUGACACACCUUUGCUGCACACAUUCCUUCCUUCCUGUUUAACACUGAUUACUGUUGUAUACCAAGUAUCACAUCACAACAAAGCAUCUAAUCCUUAAGACUUUAAGGACGCAUCUUUUUUUCUUACUUUUAUUUUUCAGUAAUAUCAGUUAUCGAGAAGUAAUACACAUUAAUAACGAAAGAAAAAGGAUUUCUAUGUAAAAUGUACAGAAGCCCUUUGCAUCACAUAUCACAUGCACCUCAUAGUUUUGAUAUUACUUUUUUUCCCCCGUGUACGUGUUUGUGUAGAAGUAGACCAAUUAAAAAACUGUGCUGGUCCUCUGCACUAUUACCCCUAAUUACCACUAGGAGCGACCAUCCAGAACCCCUUCUCUCUCUCUCUCUCACACACACACACACACACACACACACACACACAAAGACAUGCAAAUACCCACUCCUUAUUUAUCUUAUUCCAGUAACCAGUCUUCUUGUUUUGCUGCAUUGUCCACUCUGAUUUUAAUUUCAAUACAAAACAUAUUGUUAAUUUUGGCCAGAAAGAAAGAAAUGAUGGAUUUAAGACCUGCAGGUUGAACGUGUCUUGUUCCAAACUGUUCCAAUUAUUGCAGAUUUAAAUGAUGAUUAUAUACAAACGUUAAGAGGUCAUCAGAUACCCCACAUCUAGUACAUCUACUAGUGUUGAAUUUAUUUAACUUCCAGGUCUUUCUUAUUGUGUUUGGGCCCCAGAAAUACUAAUGAUUGGAAUCCAUGUAAGUUACACAGAAUAUCUGCAAGACCAAGCUGUUAAGAUUUGAUGUUGCUGAAGAUAAAAGCAACAUGGAAACGGGCUGUUUACUCCUUCUUGACUUCUUGUAGCUUGCACAUCGACUUCUUUUAUUUCCCAGAGAAAAGUGACUGCGUAUUUAUCCCCACAAGGUGCUUUAUCAGAUCUGAAUUGUUGGAUCAUUUGGUAGAGGAGAGAUUUUAAAAAUCAAAUCAGCACUGAGACCUUUUUAUUAUUAUUAUUAUUAUUAUUAUUAUUAUUAUUAUUAUUAUUAUUACCAUCAAUAUUGUUAAUAUGAUAUCUAUGGAAUUAUUAUUUAUUCUUUUCAUAUGCAUUCGAAAUUGAAUGAA